AUGGCCCUCGAAGACGUUCCCGGUACGAUCGAUUAUCUCACCAACGCGGCCUACCUCCUCCGUAUGACAGCCCCCGAGACUUCAGCCCAUCUCCUGAGCCACCGGAACCAACUUCUCGAGGAACAUGGAGUUCCCCAAUCCGAAACUCAACUUCAGCGCGCAUGCGGUGGCUGUGGCAUUAUCCCCAUCACAAAUUGGAGAAAGAUGACGAAGCCCGAGACUCGCAAGGUUUUGCGAAGGAACACGAAGGGGUCGGCUUCAACCGCCGCCACAGGCUCAAGCUUGGGCUCGACCAAGUCUCCGAAGGCCACCAGCAAAAUCAGAACCUUGCACUGCGUCAACUGUCGACGGGAUACCAAGAUUACGCUUCCGCCCCCAGGACCAGCUGUACGACUCAAGGCCAAAGCCCCGGCCAGGAUCAAGAAGCUAGCAGCCCCGGAUACGUCUAAGCCAACGGCGAACUCUAGCAGCAAGAAGCGAGCCAAGAACCGCAAAGCCGGAUUGCAGGCUCUUCUAACGAACGAUCGUCUACAAGCAGCAUCCAUUGGGUUGCCUCCGGCCAAGAGUCAAUGGAACCAUACUGUCAUGUGCAGGCCCAGACGCACGAAACUUCUAGCGUCUGCUUCCAGCUGGGCCGCUGCUUCCACAGCCGCCCAUGCACGCCCAUGCGCCCAGGCCCAGCAUGACAUAACGCCGUUGCCCCUCCAAAAAAUUCGCUGCCCCUCCAUCGACUAA